CAUGGAUGUCUGCCUGUGUGUUUCACUGACAUCUGCCCACAAACCUCGCACUUCUGAUCUCAUUGGGGAAUGCACCUGUGUAUUUUCCGGCAGAUUCUAUUGCGGGUUAAAGAGAGAGUUAUUUUCCUGCCACGUUUAACCCGCAAUCUUUCCAUGUAGCAGACAAUGUACAUAUGGCUCACAGGUUCAGCCACAGGCGCCCUCUACGGCCCACUUUGGAGUACUGUGUACGGAGAGCGCCAAGGAUCAAUCGCGCGCAGUCAUACACGUGGUGAGGAGCGGCUUCCGGUUCCGGGGUCACUGGCGGUAUGCUUCAUCCUCAUUGGUAGACGCUGGACAUAGCGUAGGUCGGCACCACAAUGGAGGCUCUAGAACCUGAAAUCGUCCUGCCGGGUCGCAGUUCUCCUCCCUCACCUUCCGUAACCACGCGGAAUGAAGAUGGCGGCGCGGGCCCGGUGGUGUGCGCGCUGUGCCUGUCCGCUCCCGCCAAAUACACGUGCCCGCGGUGUAACGCCCCGUACUGCAGCCUGCCGUGUUACAGGGGGGCCCGGCACUCGGACUGCUCCGAGCUCUUCUACCGGGACUCAGUGCUGCAGGCUCUGGGGGCCGAGGAACCGGGGAGCAGAGGGAGGAAGCAGGUGGAGGAGAUGCUGCUGAAGCUGAGGGAGGAGGAAGAGCUGCAGGAGGAGGAGGAGGAGGAAAGCAGCUUGUGGAGCAGUCUCUCCUGCCAGGAGAAGGAGCAUUUCAGCAACUUGAUAAAGAGCGGCCACAUUGCUUCUCUGGUCCCUCAGUGGAGGCCUUGGUGGGACACCCCUGAGCAGUCACAGCGAUGUAAGAUCAUGAUGCUCCGCCAUGGAGAUCCUCUGCCAACCAGUGGGCAAGAGCAUGGCACCCAACAACAGGCCUGCCCUGCCCACAGUGACACCCCAGGAAUGAAACCCUCGCAAAGUUCUGAGGAAAACAACCAGGAGGUCACUGAAGAAGCCAGAAGUCGUCCUGAGAAGACUGAAGAUGUCCACGAGAUGGCAUCUCAUAUGGUCAAUGGAAGGAAAGACUCUGAAGACUGUUUUCCUGCUGAGAAUCUACGUAAUGAACCAUCUGCUAAACAUGGCCACCAUAGGAGCGCUUCAUGGGAGGACAGGGUGAAGGAACGUGAAACACUAGGAAGAGACCCGAGUGUAGAUGACAUGUCUGUGGUAUCGGAGGUCCCGCCGCUUCUCCAUUCUAUCCCACCCUUGUGCUCGCUGACUCGUAAGUCCUCCCCACUGGUCCGCUUCGCCGUGGUCAAUGUCGUUUACAGCUAUUCCUUCUCUCUCUUACGACACAACGGUGACCUGAGUGACGAUGACAUCAUGCUGGACUUUAUCGGGACCCUGCUGUCUGUGUCUGGCGCUCUCAGUACCACCGCGGUGUACCAGUCUACAGCCCAUGCCUUGAAGAGUGCUGUGCGAGCCGCCUCUGACCCUUUGCUGGGCGGAGAUGAAGGUGUCGCUGUUUUGGCAAUGGAGGCUACAGGAAAGAUUCUUGUGGGUGAUGGCGGCAAAAGGUAUUCCCUGGCCGCUCUCUCCCACUUAUACCAUUUACUGGGGAAGGUCCGUAAACUGGGGACUGAAGAGAAGGAUGUGCGGAAAGGCGCCUUUAAUGCCAAGAAAAAAUGCUUGUUCCUGGCAGCGUGGGUGAACGAGAACGGAGAGCGUUUGGGCGAACUAUCUGCAGAGGUUAGGAUGGAGUAUAAUCAGCAUCUCAAAGAGGUCAAGGAAGUGGAGGCGAUAUCAAAAGGACUUCAGAGGGUCUGGAGCGGAAAAAGACCACCAGCCAAAAAGAAACUCAUAGAAGAAGUAGAGUGAAGGGUUAUGUGGACGUGUAUAUGACAUACAUCCUGGUGAUAGAACUGCACCUCUGGAGACAUGUCUGCGAGCUCUACUGGUGGUUCUUAGGACUCGUUCACAUCCUCGCCGAGCUUUCCAUUCUUCUGAUGCAUCACAGGCACAGAAAACUCAUACGCUUUAAUACCCAUUUGUUUGAAGGGGUAUCAGUCGUGCUUAGUUUGCAUCCGUCAGAACAGAUACAUUUUAAAAAUAACUAAUUAGUCUAAGGGUCCAUUCACAUUUCAAUGGGGCCAUGAAAUCCGCGGACAGUACAUCAAGUGCUAUAUCCACAUCCGUACGCCUGUUCCAUCGCCCUGCACACAAAAUAGAACAUAUCCUAUUCUUGUCCGUUUUGCAGACAAGAAUAGGCAU